GGAAAGAGUAUAUGUCAAAUCUCUAUGGCCUUCCUGUUUGGCAACCUGUCAUCUAGGAAUGAUACGAUAGUUGUAGCGAUAUUGGACAGUUUAAUUUUAUCAAUUGUGCAGCACAAAUGCAAUCAAUGCCGUGCGAGAAACGAGGAUAAGUCCACUAUGUAAUACAUCGAGUUACGAUAUAAUUUUGAAUCCGUAUUUUGCGAUUAUAAACAUUAACCCACGCUUACGCUCCGUUUUAUCAGCAAGUCUUCCGUCAUGAAUGCUUAAGCAACAAUGUACUAGAGAUCCUGUAUAGCAAGGCCAUUAUUUCCAAAACCAUCUAACUAUAUCAUAAUCAAUAUGUAACAGAAGUGCACCAGGUAUAUCAGGAAAUGCUUUUGAUUGUUGGGUUCAGAAGUCUAAUAUGCAUGAUGAUUCCGCUAUAACAAAGAUGCAACACCAAUUCUGGGUGACAAAGCAGGCUUUGUCCCGAAAGUUGGGAAAAAAAGAAGAUGAAUGUAUAAUUGCUUCAGAUGCUGAAUUGGAUGCAAAACUAGAAUUGUUCCGUAGUAUCCAAGAAUCCUGUUCAUACUUACAGAGAGUUAUUGAUAAAUACCAAGAAAGAUUGUGCAAUUUAGCUCAGGAAGAAAAUGCUAUGGGACGUUUUUUGAAAGAUGCUGGCAAACAGGAUAAGACUCGUGCUGGCAAAAUGAUGUCAGCUGUUGGCAAAUCUUUAUCAUAUUCUGGUCAACAAAGACUUGCAUUGAGAGCACCUUUAGGUCGAUUAUAUCAAGAAGUGGAGACAUUUAGGCAGAGAGCUAUUGAAGAUACAUUACAAAAUGUGCAAGCAAUGGAAAAGGCUCGUACAGAAUAUAGAGCUGCUCUGUCAUGGAUGAAGAACAUUUCUCAAGAAUUAGAUCCAGAUACAUCCAAACAAUUGGAAAGAUUUAGAAAAGUUCAAACACGUGUUAGACAGGGCAAAACAGCUUUUGACAACCUGGCUCUUGAUUGUCUCCAAAAAGUUGACUUAUUAGCAGCAGCAAGGUGUAAUAUGUUCAGUCAUGCCUUAGUUUUAUACCAAACGACUCUUCUGAAUUUUACCAAAAAAUCUGCACAAGCUUAUUCUACAAUAGCAAGUAGCUUUAAAGGCUACCAGCACUAUGAUUUUACAGUCGUACGAGAACUAGCUGAAACUUCUAGUAAAUUGGCGCAAGAAACUGGCGGUGAUGACGAUCCAGAAGACAAGGACAAAUUACCAUUUUUCGACAUGGACUAUCAUGACGACAUUGAAGAGGCUCAAGAAGCUGCUGCAAAUUCAGAAAAUGCAUCAGAGAAAAAUAAGUAUGAUGAGAAACUCUUGGACAUAGAGAGCGAACCAAAAGAUAUAUUGAUAGGUUUAGAUACUAUCACAGAUUCAUCAAGGAACGGCAUUGUGCACAAUACUAAUGACGCAGAGAAUGAAAAAAGUCUUGAAGAAUUCUUUGGAAAUUUAAUCCUGGAAAAAGGUAUCUGCGAUAGCACUGGACAAUCGCUUAAGAAGAUUGAAGAAAACAAUCAUACUGAAUUCAAUAAAAGUUCUGAGGAACAAAAAUUGGCAAUGGAUAUAUUCGGAGAGUGCAAUACAAACUUCAGUCUGGGUGACUUAUCUUCCUUAUCGUCGGAGGCUCGACAACAGCAGCAAUCGUUAAAUCUAUUAGCCUCCGAAAGCGCAGCGCUUUUCGACGAAAUCCUAAACGAUAAGCAAUGCGCCAAUAACAGUGAUUGGGAAGGAAUGUCGAGUGAUACUUUUCUACCACCAAAUAUUUUGAAGCAGAGUCUAGGGGAUGCAGCACUAGGUAUGGGACAGAAGAACAGUACGACAACCAAUAACACGGAUGAUAAAAAAAAGAAUAAGACUGGAAAGCAAAAAGGUAACUCGUGGUUGGAUUUAUUCGCUGAAUUGGACCCAUUGGCCAAUAAUCCAAUGGAGAAUCUCUCUGGUGAUAGUAAUGCUUCUGCUUAAUACGUAUCGUAUUUUAAUGGUACAUUAUUCUCUCUGAUAAGAUCACUUGAUACUUAUAACAAAGAAAAUUAAUCAAGCUAUCAUUUAUCGACGAGUAUGAUGAUGAUACAGUGAGCAUUUAGUUCACAGCGUUUUCACUUCGUACAUUUAUAUCAGUAUUUAUUAGUAAGUUUUUAAAUUUAACAUUCCAAGAUUUAUUUUUAGUGAGGUUAUAAGAAUAAAAAAAUAUUCGAAUUGUAUGAUUUUUCAUAUAAGCUAGAUAUACUUAUCAAAGAUAUGUAAUGUUUGUUAAACAUUAUGCUAGUCAUGUAUUUUUUUCAAAUAUAUUACAAGAGAUCUUCAAGAUAAAUAAAUUUAUUAUGGAAUUCUAGUAAUUCUGACGGGCAUGUUUAAGGAUGUAUGGAAGUAUAUCAUGUGAGUGUA